AUUCAUUUAAGAUCACUGGAGCAAGGGCGAAGGCAGUGAUGGUUUAAGCCGCAGAUCGAAUUUCUCAGAUUUGAGGAGAUUGGCGACACUGAGGUUGAUCGCAAAAACACACGAGUCUCAGUCCUUCUCAAUGUACUUUGCAGUGCUGCUCCCGCGGCUGGGCGCCAUUCACCUCACUGUGCGCCUUGCAUUGAGGGUGAAACGGAGCAGCGCGAUUCAAUCACCGGCAUUGCCAGCGGUGGCCAUCGAGCGCGACUCUGCCAACCCAGCCAGCACUACUGCUGCUGCUGCCAAUCAUGAUAGUAGCGAUGGACUGCUGCGACUGCGCAUCCGCCUGGUCGGAGCUGAUCACGGUCAGAGUGAUGACAGCAACGAGGCGAUCGUGGCGCUUCCACGGGUCGAGAUCAAGGACGCCGCGCUCGACCAAGCCGCAGCCAGCGCCACAUGCACACUGCUGCAGCUGCUGCCUGACAACCCAAGUCGGACCAGGACGGACGCAUCGGCGGACGGCGCGGAAUCCGACGUCGUCUCGCUCGUCCUCGUGGGACUGCGAAUCCAGUGCAACCCAGCUGAUCUCGCGCUGGCCACUGGAUCGGCCAAGCCGGGAGCGGAACAAGCAUCUCUCGUGACGUCCAACUCAUGGCAGUGGCUGGGAUUGCACGACUCGACGCUGUUGAGCGCUGAAACGGACGCACAAGCCGCGCUCAAACCACCACUGAACAGCCAGCAACCACCCGAUCAAGCUCAGCUAGAGCGUGGAUUGCAAUGUAGAUCGUGCCAGCAUCCCAUCUCAGUGCCAUUGCGGCCGGACAAUCAGCGCAAGACAGCCGAUGCAGCGUCCGUUUCACCGUCUUCGUCGACAACCAGACGAACCAUCACUGCCGUUCAUCCCCUGCCGUCCGAAAACUGGAUGGAGCUGAUUGACUGCUGGGUAUGCCACAAGGAAGAGUACAAGCAGUUCCAACGGGGCGAAAUCCAAGCAACCGAACGCAUGUGUCUCGUGGGCGAAACUUACCUGCUUUUGCAUCCGGAGGACAUUGUCGCUUAUGCGCUCGAGUAUGAGGGAGUGAGCAGCACUAUGCACCACCAGCACCGACAUGCGGGCGCGACAAAGCACGACUCGACUCACCACGACCAUCACCACUCUGAACAAUCCAAAUCAACAACUUCAACAGAAACCCCUUCCCCGUCUGUACCAGCGGUCGCGCACCAAAUUGCACGAUGCCCAAAGUGCCGAGCCAUGCUUGGGAGAGGCGUAUUCCACCAAAAAUACGACCCAGCCACGUCUACGACCACUGCUGUUUUGCGUGGUGUGCGAUUGUUCAAGUACCAACUGCUGCUCGCGGACGCCGCAGAUCAAGCAGCACGACGGGCUGCCAGCAACGCAUUUGCACACCACACUCUCGAGACGUUUCUUGCUCAAGAGUUGUUGAUUCGCCUGUUGACAUCUCAGACGAGCAAAUUUGUAGUGAAUGGCUUGGUUUCAAGCGACUCUGGCUCUUCUCCCACGCAAACAUUUGGCCUGUUGUGGCUGUUUAACUGGGAGUUGUCUGUCCUGACAGAUCUCGCAAUUCCGUCUGCAGACACACCCACUGAAACUCGCGAGUCGGACGAUCCUUGGAUCGAAGCAAACAAAAAACCCGACAGCCUGAAUCAGAAGCCUGGUGUUCAGCAUAUCAUCCGAGUCAUGUACAAGGACGCGAGUCCUGCAGCGCUCGCGUCGCUACCAGAUGACGCAUCGCGGAAAGCUCUUCUUGAGGAAGCGCGAAUGUGGCGGCAAGAUGCGAACGUGGAUGAGAUGCAGUUGGCGAGCGAGACUUGCCUUGAGCUAAUGAGCAUGCUGCGUCGCUCGACACUGCUCUUCCCCGAAUCUCUUCGUCCUGGCAUGGGUGGCAUGAAGUGCGGGUUUUUGCAGCGAAUUGUUCCUGGCCACGUCUGAGCGAGGCGAGUUGUAUUUCGGCUGUGCGUUAGAAGUGUUAUUUAUUCAUACAACAACGAGCUAUUUAAC